CGCGCACGAGGACGCUCCGGCGUCACCAGCGGCGGUCCGUGGAGCGCGGGCUGGCAGCGAUGGGGGCGGCGGCGGCCGAGGCGGACCGGACUCUCUUCGUGGGGAAUCUGGACCCCAAGGUCACCGAGGAGCUCAUUUUCGAGCUCUUCCACCAGGCGGGUCCGGUGAUCAAGGUUAAGAUCCCUAAGGACAGAGACGGCAGACCCAAGCAGUUUGCUUUUGUGAACUUCAAACACGAAGAAUCCGUCCCCUAUGGCCUGAGCCUGCUCAACGGCAUCAAGCUGUUCGGGAGGCCCAUCAAAAUCCAGUUCCGAUCAGGGAGCAGUCAUGUGUCUCAGGAUGGCAGCACAGCCGGUUCCCUGCAUGGAGCUGCCGGCACCGGCCUGUCCAGCACGCCGCACCUGGCCCCGAACUGCAGCAGGUACGACAGGAGCCCAGACAGCGUGGCAGCAGCAGGCUUCUCGUCGGUGCAGCGGUGCCUGCCCUCGGCUGACAACCUGCAGAGACAAGCAGUGAUGAACAGCACCCUGCGGUCGCAGCCCCCCUUCGGGGGCAAGUACGAGCUGCCCGGCUAUGCCCCGCCUGGCUACCAGCACCCUCCUCACGCCUUCCACCCGCCGGCAGCCCUGCCACGGCGCCCGGAGCCGCCAGCUGUGCGCAAGGUCCGGCUGAGCGCCCACCCCUACCACGCCGAGGGCCGGCACUUCGGCCGCGAGCGCUUCGGGGAGCGUGGCUUCGAGGAGCGCGGCCACCACGAGCCCGAGCACCACUACCGCGGCGGCAGGGACGAGCCUGCCUACGACGAGCGGCACCGCGACGGCUGGAGCCACGACUACGACUACCGGAGGGAGAGCUACCGGGAGGGCAGGUGGCACCCGUCCCGGCACUGACACGGGUGCCUGUUGGCACGCGAGGCGCCGCCGCCUCGUCCAUGCUGCAGAGGACUCGAUGGCAAAAAAAGUUCAACCUGUUCGAUGUGUUCCAAAAGAAAAGAAGGGCCCCAGAGCCACCCAAGUUACUGUUUAAUGUUUGUCAACUACCAGCAGCGCAGGGCCCCAAGCCUCUCGAACGAGUUCGCACCUCAGGGCUUUUUGUGGGUUAGAAAGAGAGUUCAGAGCAGUGUCACCGAUGCUGGCCCCGCUGCCCCUGCUGCGUGGUGGAAGGGGCCCUGCCCAGACCUUCCGCGGCGGGCAGCCA